CGGAUACGUACGGAGGUAUCGUAUAGUUAUCAGAUAACAGGAUCGCGCCAGGGCGCAGGAACAAACAAAUAGGGAAAAUCGAGUCUCGUGUAAGAGCCACGGCAGAGAUAUGUCGAUAUUCUAAUGACAGGGAAUAGAUUUAUUGCGUUCUAUUUUCACAUAUCGGUGAUACUCGGUCCGCUUUGUUAUGUGAUGCCAAUAAGCAGUAACGGUAGUACUGGCACAUUGGCAAGCCAAGUGACGUACGUAUGUUAGGGAAAAUUUAUUAUAGUCUUUCGUAUCACGAUAUCGGGGUAGACGGACUAAGUGUGAUUUUAUGCUGCAGAAUAAGAAAUUGUCAUUUAAUAUACGAGGCAAGUCAGCGACGACGCAUGUGGAUCCUGACGGAGAAGAAAAUGAAUUUCUGACUAUAGCUCCAGCCCUUCCAAUAUUACCGGGAGCCCCCAUACCUCCAAAAUUAAACAAGCGAUCUUACAGUACUCUAAGUUCAUCGAGUUCUACAUUCAAUGCAGACGAUGCCGAAGUUGGGGGUUGUGAUGUGGUCACCUUGCAGCAGGCUGAAGAAGGCAGAACUGUUGUGGCAACACGUUCGCCCUCCCAACGGGAGAAAAACCCGGAUAGAAUAUGCUUAGACCGAAGAGGUCUUACUAGUUUUCCCAACAUAGUCGGUGAAACUCGACUUAGAUUACUCUCUUUGCAGCACAAUUUGCUAACGAAGGUCGACGGUGAUCGCCUGACUCAGUUGACAAAACUUGUAUUUCUAGAUUUGUACGAUAAUCAGAUAGAGAGGAUAUGUAAUUUAGAUCCAUUAGAAAAUUUGAGAGUAUUGUUGAUAGGAAAGAAUAGAAUUAGAAAAAUUGAAGGAUUAGAGAGAUUGAAUAAAUUAGAAGUUCUAGAUCUACAUGGCAAUCAAAUUGUGCAAGUGUCUGGCUUGGGAGAGUUGGUUUCGUUGAAAGUUCUAAAUUUAGCUGGAAAUAAUAUAAAGAAUAUUGGCUGUAACGACUUCCAAGGUCUGUUGUCUCUCAAAGAAUUGAACCUAAGGCGAAACAAAAUCAAGAAACUUUCGGGCUUUGGAGAAACCCCACAACUGCAAAAAUUGUACCUGAGCAACAAUGACAUACAAAAAAUAGAAGAUAUGGGAAGCUUGGCGAAAGCUCUACAAGUCAAGGAGGUAACUAUAGAUGGAAAUCCAGUGACAAUGAAUACGGACUGCGUGUCAUUCCUCGUAUCUUACCUACCCAAUCUGCAAGUGCUGUCCACUAUGCAAGUCAACGAACAAGUUCGGAGGGCGGCGAUGGCUUGGAGGACUACGAAGGAACAGUCGAACUCUGCUUUUUUAGACCUUAGCACUCAGGUCUGCGUCAAUGUGAGGAGAGAAGAAGUAAUAACGAACGCGAAGACUAACUGGGAGUUACUCAGAUCGCAGACGAAGUGCAUAACAAGUGGAGCGAGUAAAGCUGCCGCGAUUAAAAACGAACACGUCAGAGGGUUGCAUCUGCAGAAUUCUUCGCAAAUUGAUACAGUGAGGCUGAAAGGGCUGGACAAAGCGAAAUCGAAAGCCUUCGGUAGUUUGACAUCUAUAAACGAAAAUAUAGAAUCAAAAAAAAUUCAUUUCAAGAAGCGAAGCAACUCUAGCGAUAAUAUACUAAAAACGAAUGGCGUGGAUAGAGUGAAUACUCUGGACUUUAAACUGCCCCCUAUUCUUCUUCCUAUAAUUAAUAAUUUGACUAGCAAUAAAAUAGUGGAUACUGUGCCAGGUUUAGAAAACAGAAAUAAUCUGACACGUGUCGAAGGGAUGGACACCACGACCGAAAGCGACAUCGAAAGCUCCGAAAGUCACGAAAGCUUAAAAUGUGGUCUGAGAAAUCACCUGCUGAGAUCUACCGCACAAAUAGACCAAAGGAAAAAUCAACAUGAAGUAAAAAUCGACAGCUCAAUUACUAACAAAGUAUUGUUCACACGGAGCCCAAAAUCGUUUCUUAACGAGAAUUGUCAGGUAGCAGCCGACGAGCAAAGCUCGCAUAUGCAAGACUUUGCCAAGAACAGUAGGCCCUAUCAUAGCCACGACAGUCUGAUUGACCCGAACAGAAAGCCUGUGAUCAACAAACCUAUAUUACUAUCGUCAACUUCAAAGACAAACAGCGUAGACAGCUGUAAGUCAGUAUUAAGCGAUUCCAGCAGCUCGUCUGUACCAAAAAUUUUACUGGAUAGAUCUCAGGAACUCGGAAGUGAUAAAAACAGAGUGAAGAGUGCUCAGAUGAGGAAGAUCGUCCACUACAAAAGCAAUAGAGCUGCAACUGCUCGGGCAAAGCACCGAGCUUUGCCUCCAGCUAGCCCUCCACCUCAACCAAGUCCUCCGAAAGAGAGAGAACAAGGUGGGGAUUAUUUGGUGGAAAUAACGGGCCGCUGCUUGAAUGUAUAUGGUCAAGGUGCGCUACGAUUCAUUGAUCGUCCUUGGGAUCCAUUAAAGGCCAGCGAAGUGAACAUAAUAAAAUUCAACUAUGUUCAGUUUAAUGGAAUUGCAACGAUUUUGAAUAAAUUGAAAAACAGAUUUUCAAAUGCUGAACAUUUCAUCUUCAAGGAAACUAACAUUUGCCACCUCGGGCAAAUCAAUGCCCUCGCCGAAGUUCAAGGCCUGAGUAGUAUUCAAAUCGACGCUGAGGGAAACCCAAUCAUUUCUAAGGAUUGGAAAAUAUACGCUAUAUUUCGAUUGGCUCACUGGGGCUUAAAAGUGAUUAACGGGGAAGAGAUAGCAGAGGAGAAAAUUGAGCAAGCAAAUCAAGAAUAUGCCGGAUUGACCGACAUUGUAAUGUGGUCACUGCCAGAGUCGCUGUUACAGCCGUUAUUGCAAAGGUUGCAACUCGACAAAGCACAAAAACAAAACGGGGAUCAAAUAACUGCCAAACAAUUUUUAUUUAAUAGCGAUCCGGCAUUAAGAAAUGUUGUUGCUAAGGAAGCAUUGCAGUGGCGCCGUGGUAACGUUACACAGGAUGAUCUGAUCUGGAGGCACAAGGGUAAAGUGCAUUUAUCCACUAUGAUUGACUUGACGAUCGAUGCUGUACAUAAAUUACAAAUGCUUGAGAACGAAUGGCCAAAUAUUCUGAAAGAAAUCGUACGUGAUACUUUGAUCGACUACUCGGAUAUGAAUUCUUACAUGAAGCAGUGUAUGAGUAAACUAAUGAGUGAUAAACAGUGCAAUCAGUAUUGAUUAUUGAAACUAUGCUGGUAAAAUCAGAAAUAGAGACUAUAAAUAUAUUCAAGGUUUAUCAAGACGUGACAGUGACUUUCUGUCCAGUUCUGCAAUCAACGUUGAUGAUGGGACCCCAAAGAUAUAUUAUAGUUAGAUCCAAAGUCAUACAAUGAUCACCGUGAUAAUCAGUUCAUGUUGUUUCAAAUAUCGUUUCGCAUAACAACUACGUGCAAAUAAAAUUUUAAAAUUAUUGAGCCAUUCUUCUUUCAUAUUUUUUUGUGCAAACGUUUACGGUCACUGUGAAGAUAUGUUAAAAUCUGCUCCCGUUUCACAUAUGAACUAAGUCUAUUCGUUUUUUUGUUCACUUUCAAUCGACGACACCAUUCGGAUUUCAAAAUUUCCUUUUUGAAAUGUCUUGCUUUUGGCAUUCUUUGCGCCAAAAAUUCAAACUUCGAUAAAUAUCGACGAUUUAAACGGUUCAAGCCGAGGAACGGGAUGCGAACCGAACGAAUGGAAUUGAAACCAGUUUGGAACAACCAUUGUCAGGAAUGGUUGAGGUUAAAUGUUUGUUUAUACACGUGUGAAUCGUGAACAACGUUUCUGUUGCAAUCAGAACGUCAUUUACGUCUUUAAAAAAUGGCAUCUAAAGAGAAAAGGUUGAGUCUGGCAGAUAAAA